AUGGCAAAUCAAUCUGGCCCUGACCCUGAAGAUGACAAGAAGUUGCAAUUGACAGAUUUGGAUGACUGUAGUCAUAACUAUAUAAUGGAAGACGCUGCAGUGUUACAGGAGUCUAUAUCAUAUCAACAGCAGCAUCAGCAGCAGCAUCAGCAUCAGCAGCAGCAGCAGCAGCAUGACAACUCUUGGUCUCCAUUCACUAAAAAGCAUAACCAUCAUCAUGACGAAGAUGAUCGAUUUACAUCAGCAUCCACUGUAUACCAUCAUCAGACCAAACGUUUUGGUGCUAUUAAGAAGUUUUGGUCUCAUGCAAUGGGCGAUAUUUAUGCUGAUGAUAAUCCAAAAGAGUAUUCGAAAUUGAAGAAGAAUACUAUCAUCACAAUUGUUGCUUUUAGUGGUAUCAGUGGACCUAUUGGGAGCAUGAUUUACAUGCCUGGUUUGACGCAAAUUCAAGCUUCUCUUCAUACAUCAACUGCCGCUGUUAAUGGGUCUGUAUCUGCCUAUGUUGUGUUUAUGGGUAUUGCUCCUCUGUUUUGGGCUAGCAUGAGUGAUGCGUAUGGUAGAAAGCCCAUGUAUGUGUAUAGUCUUAUUAUUAGCGUUAUCGCUUCUAUUUUAUGUGCUAUCUCUCGAAAUGCGGCGAUGCUUAUCGUAUUUCGUGCGAUACAGGCUAUCGGAUCUAGUUCUGGUCAAACAUUAGGUGCCGGUGUGAUUGCUGAUACCAUUGAUGUCGCAGAUCGCGGUAAAGCUUAUGGUGUCUUUUACAUUGGACCUUUAUUAGGCCCUGUCAUUGGUCCAACAGUUGGUGGCGCCCUUUGUCAAUACCUGGGAUGGCAAUCAACCUUUUACUUCUUGGCUAUCAUAGGCUUCGUGCUACUUUCAAUGGUGUUUGUUUUCUUGCCUGAAACUGUGCGAAGAAAAAGAGUCGAGAUGCUCACUAACGAUAAUGAAAGCGGCCAAGAGAUUAUUCACAAAACCGAGAAAUUCCGAGCUUUACAGAAUUUGAAAACUGCAUUUGCACCAAUGGUGGCCAUGUUGGGUGAUCCAACUAUUCUUGUUAUUACUCUUUACAACACGGUUAUAUUUUGCUGCCUUUACUUUCUCACACCUACAAUCACAGAGACAUUCCAAAGAUUAUACGGUUAUACCUCCACAGUGGUGGGGCUCUGUUAUCUCGUGUUUGGCUUUGGCUUGAUGUGUGGGUCUGUCAGCAGUGGUCGUUAUGCCGAUUACGUUGUCAGGAAACUGCGCGAAAAGAAUGGCCCUGAAAAUGUUUACCCUGAAUUGAGGUUACGAGCAGCGUAUCCUUCAUUUCUUCUUAUCCCCACUGGCUAUUUGAUUUAUGCCUGGACAACUGAAAAGGGCGUUGGCGUCUACGCACCAUUGAUAGGUCUCUUUGUUUAUGCCCUGGGUCAGAUGAAUGCAUUCACACCCACAUCUGUAUAUCUUGUCGACUCGAAGCCUGGCCGAUCUGCUAGUGCUGUAGGAAUCAACAACGCAGUGCGAAGUGUACUAGCAGCUAUAGCAACCAUUUUCUCUAGUCAAUGUGUAGAAGCUGCUGGCACAGGUAUUCUUUUUACAAUCUUGGCUGCUAUAAAUGUAGUGAACUGUCUUACGCUUGUCGUAGUGAUGGUUUGGGGAAAGAAAUGGCGAGAAAAUUUUGAAGAAAGAACUGGUACAAGGCCUGUUGCCGCCAAUACCAAAGGAGCUUUGGUUGAUAAAGAAGCUGAUUUUAUUCAUUCGACUGCUACAAACGCAGGCGACUCUAAAAGUGAAUACAACACAGAGCUUGCCAUUGUUCACUCUCGAGUGAGCCAAGUUUAG